CGCAACUGCCCUUCCCCCCCACCUCACGUAAUUCCGGUGCGCCUGCGGCUUCCGGCGCGUGGUUCUUUGCUUGGACUCCACACACACUUGUCGAAUUUUAGGCGCGUGGGCAAAGGAGUCUCUCCAGUCCGCUCCAGCUAUGCGGCCCGGAUUCAGUCCCCGUGGAGGACGUGGUGGCUUUGGGGAUCGUGGAGGACGUGGAGGCUUUCGAGGAGGUCGAGGAGGUGGAUUUAGAUCUCCUGGCGGUGGAGGAGGCUUUCGAGGUGGGCGAGGAGGAGGAGGAAGAGGUGGUGGCGGCGGCGGCUUCCGUGGCGGGCGAGGAGGUGGUGGGCGAGGAGGAGGACGAGGUGGCUUCAGAGGCGGCAAAAAGGUUACAGUUGAGCCCCACAGGCAUGAAGGUGUCUUCAUCUGCAGAGGAAAGGAAGAUGCCCUAGUGACACGGAACCUGGUUCCUGGCGAAUCUGUAUAUGGAGAAAAGAGGAUUUCUGUGGAGGAUGGUGAACUAAAAGUGGAAUACCGUGCCUGGAAUCCUUUCCGCUCCAAGCUGGCGGCCGCCAUCCUAGGAGGCAUUGACCAGAUCCAUAUCAAACCAGGCGCCAAAGUGCUGUACCUGGGAGCAGCCUCGGGCACGACAGUCUCUCAUGUCUCUGAUAUAGUUGGACCAGAGGGGCUUGUGUAUGCUGUGGAGUUCUCCCAUCGCUCAGGCCGUGAUCUCAUUAAUGUAGCGAAGAAACGGACCAACAUUAUCCCUGUGAUUGAGGACGCACGGCAUCCACACAAAUACCGCAUGUUGAUUGGAAUGGUGGACGUGAUCUUUGCCGAUGUGGCUCAGCCUGACCAGUCACGUAUCGUGGCACUGAACGCACACAACUUCUUGAAGAAUGGUGGCCAUUUUGUCAUCUCCAUCAAGGCCAACUGCAUUGACUCCACAGCAGUGCCCGAGGCAGUCUUUGCAUCUGAGGUGAAGAAAAUGCAGCAGGAGAACAUGAAACCCCAGGAACAGUUGACUUUGGAGCCCUAUGAGCGGGAUCACGCCGUGGUGGUGGGCAUCUACAGGCCUCCUCCGAAACAGAAGAAAUAGAGGCAGCAGAAGCUUUUGGCAUGCAUUGCUCCAGUGCUAUAGGUUCAAGGUGGUUUCCUUGCCACUUCAAGAGACAGGACUCUCUACCCCGCCCCCCCUCCCAGAUUGGGCCCCAACUUCCCAAGGGCCAAGCAUUUGUUUAGAGAUGCUGUUCUGCAUCUGUUUUCUGCCGAGUCUUCAAAUGUAUAUUUUUUAUUAAAAUAAGAAUUGUAGAGGCA